UGUUUGUUUGUUUGUUUGUUGGCCGGUGGACUCCGCCCUUACAUAAUGUCGGAGCGGCGGCGUCGGUGGGAAGGUGAUUUCCUGGAGAGCCGCCGCCGCCACCGUGAUUUCUUCCGGGUUCCCGUCUGUCUGUCCGUCCGCCCGGCCGCUUGUUUGGGUGUAUCCGCGGACGGCUCAGCGUGACGCCGACCCACGCUCCGCGCUGCCAGCCGCCGUGUUGCGCCGGAUUAUGUGACGGUUCGCGUGGGAGUGCUAUGUCAGAGCCUCCACGCAGAUGUUGCGGCGGUAGAGGAGGGUAAAUACCUUUUCCGUGACUGCAUUCCGACCUGAGACACCUGUUGCGCCGGUUUCGACACACAGGUGUCAGUUUCUUCAGACAGGCUGCUACUCGGGAGUAUAUUGAAACUUUUCCUCUUUCUUUUAUGUUUUGAAUCACUUUUCAACGUCAAAAGCAGCCGAAUUAAAAGUUGGGAUGAAAGUCACGGUAACUUUCGGGGACACCUCCGUGGUGGUUCCCUGUAAACCUGGAUGGACCGUGCGGGACUUAGUCGAGCAAGCCACGCGAAGGUACCACAGGAUUGUGGAGCAGCAUGGGGGGAGCGAAGUGAGGACCCACCACUUGGAGUAUGGCGAAGGAGGGAUCCUGGACAUGGACGACCUGGUGAGCGAACUGGUUGAAGACAGAGACAAGCUGGUGGCCGUGUUCGACAGCGUCCAGCAGCAAAGGACGGACACCCCCACAGAUAACAUGUCCAACGGGUCCAGCAGCUCCAACCCCAGCCCAGAACCCAUGCACUACUACCCCCACCUGCAGUACCAGGACCCCAACGCGGGGGAGAUCGAAGUCAACGAGGCCAGUCUCAAAGCAAAUACACCUCUACUGGUGAGGAGCAGCAGUGACUCUGCUCUGGCUCCGCCUCACGAGAUGAGGGCCACACCCCCUCCAGAUCACUAUGGCAACGCAGCUCCUGAACAGGAAACCAAGCCUGUGCUGAAAGGCUCCUUGGACCCACAGAGCACAGACGAGCGCGCUGCCAAGAUGAGCCACGUUACCUUCAAUUCCCUCACAAAGACAGUGGAGUUUCCGGGCGACCGGGGACCUCUGGGCAUCCACGUCGUCCCAUACUGCUCCUCCCUCAGCGGACGGACGCUGGGCCUUCACAUUAAAGGCAUCGAGGAAAACAGUCGCACCAAGAGGGAGAAUAUCUUCCAAGAAGACGAGUGCAUCGUGCAAAUCAAUGAAACGCCACUUCAGGACAAGACCUUCGCACAGUCUCAGGAAGUGUUCCGCAAGGCGAUGGGUGCCCCGGUGGUGCGCGCGGAGAUCCUCCCUUUGGCCAACAAGCAGCGCUACGAGAAGAGGCUGAUAGGCCAGCUGUUCCCCGGGGAACUCAAAGAGACCCUCGCCAAAGCAAACAGCCCAGUGCUGCUGCGGAGUAAGGCCGACCCCCAGCCAGAGCCCAAGCAGGACGCCAAACCCAACGGCAAACAGGAGUCCAGGCGGCCGGUCCACACGCUUCCAAGACCCCCGGAGGCAGCUGCCGUGACCCUGCCCCCAGUGGAGUCCCGGCCCGUCCACGCCGCCUUGGAGAGGAUCUCGCCCACUCCUCCGGCCAAAGCGGCCAGCCCCUCACCGACGCCCAGCAGCCCCCUGCCCAGUAAGAGCCCCGUCAUGCCCAGCCUCACCAGAGGGAAGGGUGGCAAGAGGAUCAAGAUCGACCUGAAGAAAGGUGCAGAGGGUCUGGGCUUCACCGUGGUGACGCGGGACUCCCCUAACGGCCAGGGGCCCAUCCUGGUGAAGAACAUCCUGCCGCGUGGCGCGGCAGUCAAAGAUGGCCGCCUGCAGCCAGGAGACCGCAUCCUGGAGGUGAACGGUGUAGACAUGACAGGCCGUAGCCAGGAGGAACUCGUGGCCAUGCUGCGCAGCACCAGGCAGGGAGAGAGCGUGUCUGUGGUGGUGGCUCGUCAAGAAGACAUCUUCCUGCCUCGGGAGAUGAAAGGUGAAGACACCAAUAGCCUGGCGAUGGGAGACGGCAGAGAGCAGCUAAUGUACGAGAUCCCGCUCAAUGAGACCGGCUCAGCGGGCCUGGGGGUCAGCCUGAAGGGCAACAAGUCCAGGGAGACCGGGGAGGAUCUGGGAAUCUUCAUCAAGUCCAUCAUCCACGGAGGCGCUGCUUACAAGGAUGGACGGUUGAACGUAAACGACCAGCUGAUAGCAGUAAACGGCAAGUCACUGCUGGGUCACUCAAACCAUGCUGCCAUGGAGACGCUGAGACGCUCCAUGUCCUCAGAGGGAAACGCCAGGGGCACAAUCCAGCUUGUAGUACUUAGUGCAGCCAGACAGAUCUUCGGCAGCCCUGCGCCCGGCACGCCCACGUUCGCCGCCGCCACCCCAUUGACCUCUAACAGUCAGGAGCCCCGGGGCCACGAUGCACACCAGAGGCCGUCGGGACCCCCCAGAAACCCCAAGGCAGAGCCCACCAUGAACGGCGCCAGCAACUAUGAGAACCCCGGCUACGGAGGUGCGUCUUAUCCUGCUGCAGCCACCAACGGCAGCGCCGGUCACUACGGCAACGGGGACGAGAACUCAGCGCAGGGCUUCCCCCCGCCGCCCUCCCCCACCACCAUGAGAGAAAUGAAUAGAGACUUACCGCUAACUCCCCUGCAGCCCAGCGGGUUUCAGAAGCCGCCCCACAAAACGGAAGCUUUCUACAGCCAGAUGAUCAGCGACGAGGACAACGUGCCUCGCAACAGGGCCUCCAAGAGCAUGGACCUGUUGGCUGAUGAGAGCAACAUGGGGCGUCUGGAUGAGCACAGGGAGCCUUCGCCUGGCGGAGCGCUGGGCCCCACCCUGGGCCUCUGGAAGUCCAGCUCCCUGGAGAGCCUCCAGACGGCCGUGUCUGAGGCUAAGAGGAGCCACGUCCAGGAGCAGGUCCCCUUCCACCGCCCGCGAACGCACAUGGUGCGGGGCCGCGGCUGCAACCAGAGCUUCCGCAACGCCAUCGACCGGUCCUACGACGGCCCUUCUGAGGAUGAUGACGACGUGUCGGAGCAGAGCUCCGGGUGCGAGACACCCGUCAGCAGCUCCUCCCGCCAGGACCUGACCGCCGACGACGGGAAGAAGAAGAAAAAAAACGCCCUGAAGAAGAAAGAGAAGAAGAGCAAAGGGAAGAAGAAAAGCGAGUCGGUGGAGGAUCUGGAGAAGAAAGGCAAAAAGAAAGGAUUUGCACUCUUAAGGUUUGGGAAGAAGAAGGAGGACAAGAGCAAAGAUGCAGGAAAGCCACCCAAAAACAAGCUGGAGGCCCUGAGCGAAGAGGAGCUGGACAGAAUCCCUGACAUCAGAGACGGCAAUGACCCUCGGUACAUGGAGGUCCGCCCCGGCCACGCCACCCCCGAUUUCGCCUUCCCUGACGUGGAAGAUGACGACAGCGACCCCAACUACGCCCGCAUCAACAACUUCCGGCAGCCGCCGCCGUCGCCGCAGACGUUCGGCCGCGGGCGCUCGCCGUCGCCGCCGCUGCAGCCGGGGCCCAGCCUGCCGCAGGCGCCCCCUGAGAGCCUGGACGGGCUCUACGCCAAAGUCAACAAGAGCAGACCCCCCCCCGCUCUACAGAGCCAGCAUCAGAGCCAGGCAGACAGUGAUCAGUUCGUCCAGGGGGUGCGCAGGGACUACCAGCAGGCCCGGGCGGCGCCGGUGUACGAGGAGCUGGACGCAGCGCGGCGCCGAGUCCUGGACAACGACCCCAACCGGAUGGCACCCAGAGGAGCCGAGUCCCGGCCCGGGCACCGGUACGAGGAGGUGGACCUGAAGUUCUCCACGCAGCCCAGGCGGGACCCGUACGACUACCCCACCCACUCCAGGCCCGUCCUGAGAGACGCAGCCCUCCACCCCAGCCAGCACCAGCACCAGCACCAGCCGGGGCCCGGCAACGAGCGCUACUACCACUCGGCCCCCCGCUCCCGACAGCAGCACCAGGCGGCGGGACGCCAGGACGUGCCCCCCUCGCCCGCGGCGGGCCGCAGGGGGCGCCAGCCCCAGGAGGCCGGCGGGAGGCGGGGGGACGGCUACCGGCAGGCCAGCCCCGGGCGCUACACCAGCCCCGACCGCUACGGCUACGAGGACGACAGGAAGGCCGACCCGAGGCGGAAGAACCCCGUGAUCGGCGCCGUGUGACCCGCGUGAAACGCCCGCAUCCCGUUUUGGCGUAGGUCUGUGUAAUGUGUGAAGUGACGUAGACGUGUGGAGUUAAUCCGGUGCCAUAUGUUGUUUAGAAUCGAAUCCACUGCAGCAAACUGAGCUUGUAAAGCCGCGCGUUACGAGCGUUUUUUUUGCACAAUCGGCAAUAAAGUUGAAGAAAAUAACACGGCGUCACCUUGACGGUGCGGCAGCAGAGGAGACACAGGAAGCUACUGUGGACAAACAGGAAAAGGAAGCGACCUCCUUCAAAGAGUCGCCUCGUCCUUGGUGCUCGGCCACUUGGACUUCCUUCUUUUCUCUGAUUAUUUAAGCGUUUACUGUACAUUUACCCACCCAAAUGCAUGGCUAAGGAAUUCCGUGAUACCUUUGUGGUGUUUUUAAUAAACUGCACUCGUCUUGAUCCAGUGGAAAUAAGAGGUGUGACUCCUCGUGGAGCUGAUUGAACUGUGUGACUCGUAUAUCACUGUUUAAAGUCUGUGCACUGAAAAGCCUUGAUUCAAACGUGCUGUUAAAUAAAUGUGAUUUCUUUUUUUUUUCUUUUGUAUGAAUAUUUUGCAUUAAACAUUUUGAAAUCUA